AUGGCAACGAUAAUUAAUAUGAUCGAGCCUGGUGAUGCUCACUGUCGCAAUGACCUUGGCAUGGGGUCAGGGAGGAUUGCGGAUCAGCACAUCAGCGCCAGUUCGUCGUACGACCACAAGAGUGUUGGUCCAGCGAUGGCUAGAAUCAACUCUGAAAAGCAGGGCGGAGCCUGGUGUCCGAGAUAUCCGGUCUCACGUGACUCUAACGAAUGGCUCGAGGUUGACCUCAAAAGUUUAAAGGUCGUGACCUUGGUCGAAACUCAAGUUUUUCUGGUAGUUGUCAUGUUACUAACAUUGGCAUGCUGUCGAGAAGUUUAUUACUCAAAUGAACACAGAGAACAAGAUGUUCUCUGUGUUCAGCCAAAGCUGCAAAAGUCAGGAGAUACGGGUACUACCGCCAUCGUUCCUGUAAUCAGAAUCAUUUGGCGUUCUUUGAAAAUCUUUGAAGCUAUUUAUUAUCUUUUGCGGAAAGGGAGCGGUUCAAAAUGGCUGCUUCCUGAGAAGUGUCGGGCGAUAAAACAGGAUUGUAAGAAGAGGUACAUAAGAAAAAGUUUAUAG